AUGAGCUCGCAAAACUCCGACGGAUGCGGCCCGGAAAAUUCGCAAAACUCGCAAACGAGCUUGGACAAUUCGAAUCAGACGCUUUCCAAUAGCCACCGGAACGGAUUUGGGAGCCAAAAUGAUGGCCGUGUGUCUAGCACAGGUCUCAGCGGCUCCGACCGCAUUUAUCCAAUUCGAUCACUUGUUUCCAUGAACCCAAUCAAUCCGACCCCAUCGUUAACGCUUGAGGAUAUGGAGGAAUCGUCGAGCCACUCAGUGGACCCGCCAAUGUCUACGAUAGAUGCACUGCCUGAGGCUAUGAACCCUUAUUCGAACCCUCAAAUCCCGCUAGCCUCGCAUAAGAGUAUCUCUGUCAACGAUGAAAUUUCUUCCAACACGCCCGCUACAGAGGAUCUCGAACAUACUGGAGAUGCAUUUGGCUCUCUAGAGACUGCAGCCCAAGAGAAUCAAACAUACGUGACCUCCCGGUUUGAAUACGCAUUCUCAGAGCAUGGGCACACUGUGAUGCUCGGGGAUAGCAACAUGACUCUCAAGAGAUGCGAGGAUGAGCCAAUCCGGACACCCGGUGCAAUCCAAAGCUUCGGGGUGAUGAUUGCUCUGAGAGAGGAGUCUCCUAAUGAGCUUGUUGUCCGUGCCGUGAGCGAAAACUCGGAACGAAUCAUGGGCAUUUCGCCGCAACAGCUAUUUGACAUGGAAAGUUUCACUGAUGUCUUGAAAGAAGAUCAGCUGGCCUCCUUCUUGGAACAUCUUGACUACGUUCGAGACGAUUCAUACGACUUAGUUAUCGAUGGCCCUGAGGUUUUUCUUCUGGCAAUUCAAGGACCAUCCGGCGUUCUCACUCGGUUUUGGUGCGCGAUCCAUGUUAGUCAAGAAAACAAAGAUAUCAUCAUUUGUGAGUUUGAACUGGAGGAAGACCAGCUUAACCCGUUAAAUGUUGAGGAUCAAAAACUCCCGGAAACUCCCACGAGUGCUUUGCAAACCAAUCCGCCCCCAACAAAAGAACAGUUCGUCAACAGCACGAUCAGUGCAAGUCAGUCGGUGCGCUCUAUACGUGAUGCACGGCGGAGGAAAGGUGAAGCUGGUGCAAUGCAAGUUUUUGGUACACUAUCUCAGAUUCAGGCCCAGCUUGCACAAGUGACGGACCAAGAAACUUUACUAAAAGUCAGUGCGGGACUAGUCAGGGAACUAGUUGGAUUCCACCGAGUCAUGGUUUACCAAUUUGAUCAUCAAGCAAAUGGCCGGGUGGUAGCUGAAUUGAUGGACCCUAAUGUUACCGUGGACUUAUAUCAAGGCCUUCAUUUCCCUGCUUCAGACAUCCCGGCUCAGGCUCGAGAGCUCUACAAAUCCAACAAGGUCCGAUUAUUAUAUAAUCGAGACCAUGUUACUGCCCGAUUGGUCUGCCGGUCCUUGGAGGAUCUAGAAACGCCCCUUGAUAUGAGCCAUGCCUAUCUUCGAGCGAUGUCACCAAUUCACACCAAAUACCUCGCGAACAUGGAAGUGCGUUCAUCGAUGUCGAUUAGCAUCAAUGCUUAUGACAACCUUUGGGGCCUGAUAUCUUGUCAUUCAUACGGCGAUGAUGGCAUGCGUGUCUCUUUUCCGAUUCGUAAACUGUGCCGUCUGGUCGGUGACACUGUGGCUCGAAACAUUGAACGCAUCACCCAUGCCUCCGAUCUCCAGGCGCGUGUGAUGGUGAAUUCUGUUCCAAAAGAAGCAGAUCCAUCGAAGUAUAUCGUCGGGUCCUCGGAUGACUUGUUACGGCUUUUCCAAGCCGAUUAUGGUGUUCUUUCUAUAGGAAACGAAGCCAAACUUUUCGGCAGCGAGUCAAAUUCACAAGAAGUCCUUGCUCUUUUACAAUAUAUUCGUCUACGAAAGGUCACAUCAGUCCUUGCAUCACAUGACAUUGGAAAAGAUUUCCCGGACUUUGUUUUCCGCCCGGGUUUCAAACGAAUAUCGGGCUUAUUAUGUAUUCCGAUGGCUCCUGACGGGGCUCAGUUUAUCGUUUUCUUCCGCGUUGGUCAACUCACAACGAUCAAAUGGGCAGGUAACCCGUAUAAGCCUACAGAUGGUGGCAUCGGACCCUUAACACCACGCCAAAGCUUCAAAGAAUGGCGCGAGAUAACCCUGAGCGAGUCAAAACACUGGUCUGAAUUUGAUAUUUCGACAGCCGGUGUCCUUGGGUCCGUAUACGGGAAAUUCAUCCAAGUAUGGCGGCAGAAAGAAGUUCUGAAGCAGAACUCUCAGCUUACGCGUCUAUUGCUAGCCAAUUCAGCUCAUGAGGUUCGUACCCCAUUAAACGCAGUCAUCAACUAUCUGGAGAUUGCCAUGGAAGGCACUUUAGACGAGGAAACACGCGAGAGCUUGGCCCGUUCCUACUCAGCUUCCAAAUCUCUUGUCUACAUUGUCAACGACCUUCUUGACCUUGCUACUGAAAGCGGACAACAGCUUGUCAUGAAUGAGGUGUUCGAGUUAGAACCCACGCUGCAUGAUGCUUUUGACAUGCUGGCUGCGGAAGCCAAGCGGAAGGGCAUUUCCUACAAGUUCAAAAUGCGCCCCGGACUUCCAGACGCAGUGUUAGGAGACCAGCGUCGGUUGCGCCAAAUAUUUGUUAAUCUCAUCUCGAAUGCCAUCGAACAUACAGCGAGGGGUGGUGUGAAUGUUGAGGCGUCGCUUUCUACUGUUCAAGACGAUCACACGUCGCUUGAAAUGUCGGUCAUCGACACAGGUGCAGGAAUGUCAAAACCUAAACUCGAGCAGCUCUUUCGGGAGCUUGAAGAGGUUUAUGCAGACGAGCAUUGGGUUGGAGGUGGACUAGGUAACAUAAAGAAUUCAGAUGGUGGGAGACAACGUGUCCUGGGUAUCGGUCUGGCAUUGACCGCUCGUAUUGUGCACACAAUGCAUGGGCAGCUCAUUGUGAAGUCUGAAGAGGGCAAGGGCAGUCGGCUCAAGAUUAUUCUCCCAUUCCAAAUUCCUGGCGAACCAUCCUCGUUGUCCUCGCAGAACCCGACAAAAACCGAUUAUCUCGAUAUGCCAAAGUCACCGUCCCUUCUGGACGGGAAUUUCAUUUCGGUGGUUGAUAAUGACAAAACUCAAAACGAAACCACACUACAGGACUCCUACAUCGAUCUCACUAGUGCAGAUCUUGGUCAUGAAAACGGUCAAUUUAAUCAACAAGAACCUUCGCUACCUCAAAACACCUUACCUGGUAGCGAGGGUGAUAUAGAUCAAAAGCAGGACAUACCCUUACGCCUGCCCUUACGAUCUGAAUACGACGAAUCCAAGCAAUUACAUAUAUCUCAACCAAGUCCCCAGCUACCACCAAUCAAGGAACACUCUCAGGAGAGUCCCACAACUUCCCAAGCACAUGCAUCAGCUUCGUUUUCCAGCAAUUCGAGUCUAAAUGUUCUCGUUGCAGAGGACAAUCCGGUCAAUAGCAAGAUUUUGCACAAGCGAUUGAGUAAAACUGGCCACACAGUCCAACUGACCAACAAUGGAGAAGCUUGCGUGAAUGCAUUCUCGUCGGGGAGCCAAUCCCCCGAUGUGAUUCUGAUGGACAUUCAGAUGCCCAUUGUCAACGGAAUGGCAGCUACAAAAAUGAUUCGUGAGGCUGAAGCCAGCAACUCACAGUCCUCAAUCACAGAAAUAUCCAAUCAAUCCAAUAGGGUCCCGAUUUUUGCAGUAUCUGCGUCUCUUGUUGAGAAGGACGAGAAGGCUUACAUUGACACCGGGUUUGAUGGCUGGGUCAUGAAACCGAUUGACUUUGCGAGACUGAACAUAAUCCUGGCCGGUAUAACUGACCCAAAGGCUCGCGAAAACGUUGCUGAGGCCAGAGAAUGGGAAAAGGGUGGGUGGUUUGACUUAGAGUAG